GAUGCCUCGCGCCCGGACAGGGCGCCAACGGCCGGAGCGCCUCCCGGCUCACACCGGGACCGCCUGAAAACCGAGCCCGCGCCGACCGAGCCUGGGCCGGAUGGGCGCAGCGGACCCUGCCGCGGACCGCCGAGCGGCCGUGAGAAACUUCUGGAACACAGUAUAUUGGUUUGCUAAGGAGAAGGAAAAAUCCAAACACCAGUGUCUGUCUGCUGUGGAGGUGGAUACCUUCCACACUCAAGGGACGCCGGGGUUCUUCCUGUUGCACUGGCUUUCUCUUGUCCCAGUGUGUGGACAGCACCACACGCCCUCCAGACCAGCAACGGCUCUUGCAUGUGCUUUGCAGUGUUUUUGUCAGAGAGCCCAGCAGAGCCCUAGCUCCUCCAGAGCUGGCCUAGAACGGAGUGAGCAGAGCCCAGCAGACAUGGUGAAAAUGACCAAGUCCAAAACUUUCCAAGCUUAUCUGCCACACUGUCACCGAACUUACAGCUGCAUCCACUGCAGAGCCCAUCUGGCCAAUCACGAUGAGCUCAUUUCCAAGUCCUUUCAGGGAAGCCAGGGGCGAGCCUACCUCUUCAACUCUGUGGUGAACGUGGGCUGUGGCCCUGCUGAGGAGAGAGUCCUUCUAACUGGGCUGCAUGCGGUGGCUGACAUCUACUGUGAGAACUGCAAGACCACACUCGGGUGGAAAUACGAACAUGCCUUUGAGAGCAGUCAGAAAUACAAGGAAGGAAAAUUUAUUAUUGAACUUGCCCACAUGAUCAAAGACAACGGCUGGUAACGUGAACUGGGCCCUCGUGUCGGAAUGCUAUUUUAGGAAAGCUGAGUGUAACGAAGACCUAGCUUCUUGGUGACAAUACUUCCUGGACUUAACUUCCCAGGCCAGCUGUUUCAACACUUGAAGCUGUCUCUCUAGGCUAUCCACUUGGUAAGGUGCCCCAUCUGAAUCCCCUUCAUGUGCAAUGCGUUUCUGGACGUCUGCAUUCUUUUUCCAACGUCUUAAGUUCUAGAGAAAGAAUUAACCAGCUGGUGACUCACCUGCCUAGUGAAUACUUUCUUUUACCCUACUCCUGCAAUAUCGCCUGGCUGUGUUUUUACCAAACCCAAGUCCCUAAAAGCACAGAAGCAGGGUCUGUCUCACAAGCAAAGGCAUAGUGACCAGAAGUAGUCAGAUUUUUAUGCAAAGCAUGUCUCUUCAAAAACUGCAACCCGCCCGCUGGUGACUUGGUAGAGAAGCUAAGGGAGGAAGCACUCAGUGUGCAUCCUAAGCAAGGGGGGGGGGGGGGGGGGCUGAUGUGGAAGGCAGGUGACUUGACUAGAGGCUGUGCACUGUCCCAGCCUCCAGAGGCCGCCUCUGAGCGGACUCCCUCGGUGCUGCUAGCACAGUGGCUCAGAACGGAGGGCUGGUCCCUGCCACAGAGCCAGCGACGGGCUGGCCUUCACCUCAUACCCUGGAUGUACUUGAAAUAGUCGUGCACACAGGGGCCAGAGCCAGCAGGGAGAACUGUAAAACUUGAGAGUUAGCUUGGCAUGCAGCUGCCUUGUCUGCCUGGCAUCACAUUGCUUGCCUGACCUGACAGGGAGGGGUCUGGGCCAUGUCCCCAAACCCGGGCUCUCAGGUUUUAAGACAACCCACCAUUCCCCACUUGCCCACCCCCACCCCCUGCAUCUAUAAAAAGUGGCCAGUUUGCAGAGGGUGGAGGCCAGAGCCAGGCCCAGAGAAGUUUCAUCGUUUUGUACCCUGCCAAGGGCACAGAGCAGGGGAAGAGCCCCUGAGGCCCGCUGCCUUCGCGGCUCGGCAGGAGAGCGCCCAGCACUGCUGCACUCGCUCCAGCUGCCUGGGGUGAGAGCCGAGCAGUUUCUAGUCCUUUGGGCUCCGGCCCCAAACCUUCUCAUCUCAGCGCCCCUGCCCCGCCCCUGCCCAGCACAGGGGCAGCUACUUCAGUUCACUUCAAAGCCUACAUUUUGGUGCCAUUUCUUUGCCCAAGAUUGAAAGCCUGGUAAUACAAGAAAUGCCUGGGCAAUUGGACGACAUGUUUGCAUGGCCUAUGGUCCUCUAUGCCUGGUCCUAGCCCAAGCUUCUUUCUCCCCAACUACUCCAGACUACUGCUGGCCCAAAGCAAAGUUGUUCCAUCCAGCAAGGUAAGUGCUGAGACCCAGCACAGGCAGCGCGGGGUGGCCCCGGCAGGGCUCAGUGCCAUCCUGAUCUAGGGGUGAGCACUAGUCAGCCUCAGCCAGACAUGCCUGGCUGGUCUGCAAGGCGCUAGAGAGCGGGAGCUUGGUGGCCGAGUCAUGGUCCCCUGGGUGUCACCAGUGGGAAGAAAGGCAGAGACCCGAGCGUAUCCCUAUGCACGCGUCACUUCAGGUGAUGCGUCUGAGAAGUCCUCUGACCAGACUCUGUAUAUACUAAGACUGUAUUUACAGACUUUAUGUUCUGGGCGUGCUAGCUGCCCUUCAACUGAGCACUUUGUAUUGUCUCUUAUGAGCACGGACUGGAGCGUUUUUCUAGCACUCUUUAUGACUUAUCUGUAUUGGAGUGAUGGAUAUAAACAAACCGUUUAUCAAGUUGUUUUGGAUUUUGCGUUGGCCUUCUGUGAAAUAUAACCCAAAAGAACUGACUAUGAGCUGGCUUCAGGGUAAGUGAUGCGGCCACCAGGUGUGCUAGUGAACAUCGCACCCCCUUACAUUUGUAGACAUACCAUUCUGUGACCAUUUUAAUAUGUUUCCCUGAGACCAGAGUGGGGGGGGGGAGGUAAUACCAGGUCAUAAACGCCACUUUGCUUUAGAAAUGUGGUUUAUGUUGUUGCUGUCUUGUUAGUAUGUACACAGUAUUUUUAUACCUUAAUGCUCAUUCUUGAUGGCAUCUGCCAGGUAUUUGAAAAGAUCAGAAAUGAGAUUUUUUUUCCCCUCAAAAAAGUCCUUUAUUUUCUGAUGACCUCAUCAGGCAGUUUUCAAAAUCCAAGUGUCUUUACUGUUUAAAACACUACCAUUUAAGCUGUAGACAACCGACCCAUGGGAAUGCAAGCCCUGGUGGCCUGUCCUCUGUGCUGGGGUGCAGGAGAGGAGGACACAGCUGCCCCGGAGACAGGUGUCCUGCUAAGCAAGGCUGACUGCAGUGCCCUGGACGCAGCUGGGAGCUCACAGAGCAGCCAGACCAGCAAGCCCGAGCGUCCGCAGCGCCCUUUGCCUCCCUGUCUGUCUCCCAGCCAAAGCUGUCAGCCCUUGGUGGCAUGUCUGUGUGAGGUAUAAAAAUAAAGCCUCUGUUGUCAAACA